AUACUCUGCAAGUUCUUUGUCCAUGGCUCGUGCUUGAAAGGGGAAAAUUGUGAAUAUUCUCACGACUCUAAGGAUCCCGCGAAUAAUGUCUGCACAUUCUAUCAGAAAGGAAUAUGUUUGUACGGAAGUAGAUGUAGAUAUGAACAUGUCAGGACCCAAUCUUUACCUUCCUCCAAUGUUCCUCGACCACCUCUUUGCUCGGAUUCUCAGCCACAGUCUCCGCACGAAAAAGCAAAUGCCUUUGCAAGGGACAAUAACGACGGUGACGACGAAUCCCACAACCUUUACUACGUCCACCCAAGAGAAUACCCAAUCUGCUCGUUUGCUGCAGCUGGUGAAUGCCCACGAGGGAACCAGUGCCCGCACAUGCACGGUGACGUCUGCACCACCUGCGGCAAGAAGUGUUUGCAUCCUUUCAGACCCGAAGAAAGAGAAGAGCACACAAAGGAAUGCGAGAAGAAGCAAAAGCGCAUGGAGGCCUUGAAGAGAAGCCAAGAGAUCGAGUGUAGCGUGUGUUUGGAUCGCGUCUUGUCAAAAGCCACUCCAGGGGAAAGGAAGUUUGGGCUGCUGACGGAGUGCCAUCAUCCUUUCUGCAUACAAUGCAUCCGUAACUGGCGCAGCAGUGCUCCUGUCUCGGGAAUGGAUGUGAACAGCACCUUGAGAGCGUGUCCUAUAUGUCGCAAACUCUCUUAUUUUGUUGUCCCCAGCGUUGUCUGGUACUCUACUCCUGAAGAGAAAAAGGACAUUAUCGACAUAUACAAGGCAAAACUAAGGUCCAUCGACUGUAAGCACUUCAACUUUGGAAACGGGAACUGCCCAUUUGGAGGAAGUUGUUUCUACAAGCAUGCAUAUUCUGAUGGCCACUUGGAAGAAGUUGUUCUACGGCAUCUUGGUUCUCAAGAGGGAGAAACUCUAGUAGCAGACACUAUCAGGCUAUCAGAGCUCCUUGGUGGCCUGCAGAUU